AUGAACUUCCUUCGUCGUCGUCUUUCGGACAGUAGCUUCAUGUCCAACCUGCCCAACGGUUACAUGUCGGACUUGCAGCGCCCCGAUCCGCCCGCCCAACCUCCACCCGCCGCCACCUCUCCGUCCUCCUCAUCAGCCCAGCAAGGUGCACCUCCUCCGGCCGCGUCCCCGACCAAAGCCCCUGCACAGGUACCCUCCGGUUCUCCCGCCAGUCAAGAGCGCCGCGCGUCUCAGCAAGGGCAGCAGACCCAGCCGCCGAGCCAGACGACCUCCUCCAGUUCUGGGAGCGGAGGUGGGUUCUUCAGCUCCUUCAGCUCCAUCACAAACGUGGUCAAACAAACUGCCGCCUCUGCUGCCGGCUUUGUGGAGCAGUCUGCACCUUCUCCAUCCCUCUCCAAGAAGUUCAAGAUCCUCCUGGUGAUCGAUGAACCUCAACAUGAGUGGGCCAAGGUUUUCAGAGGAAAGAAGGCCCUCGGGGACUACGACAUCAAAGUGGAACAGGCAGAGUUUUCGGAGGUGAAUCUUGUGGCUCAUUCUAAUGGCACCUGUAACAUCGACAUGCAGGUCAUCAGAGGAGGCACCAAAGUGGUCAGGUCCUUCAGGCCUGAUUUCGUGCUGGUCCGGCAGCACGCCUACAGCAUGGCUCAGAACGAGGACUUUAGGAAUCUGAUCAUUGGUCUGCAGUACGCCGGGGUGCCCUCUGUCAACUCCCUCGACUCCAUCUACAACCUCUGUGACAAACCCUGGGCGUUCUCACAGCUAAUCAACUGUCAGAAGAAGAUGGGCUCAGACAAGUUUCCUCUCAUCGAUCAGACCUUCUACCCCAACUACAGAGACAUGAUUACAACUCCAAGUUUCCCUGUGGUGGUGAAGAUCGGGCAUGCCCACUCUGGAAUGGGAAAGGUCAAAGUGGACAACGUGAGUGACUUCCAGGACAUUGCGAGUGUGGUGGCCAUUACUCAAACCUACUGCACCACAGAGCCAUUUGUAGACGCUAAAUACGACAUCCGAGUGCAGAAGAUAGGAGCUGACUACAAAGCAUACAUGAGAACAUCCAUCUCUGGGAACUGGAAGAGCAACACUGGAUCUGCCAUGUUGGAACAAGUGGCCAUGACUGACAAGUAUAAGCUGUGGGUGGACACCUGUUCUGAGAUCUUUGGAGGUUUGGACAUCUGCGCUGUCAAAGCCAUCUGUGGAAAAGAUGGAAACGACUACAUCACUGAGGUGGUGGGCUCCUCCAUGCAGCUGAUCGGGGAUCACCAGUCAGAGGACCGGCAGCUCAUCUCGGAGGUGGUCUUGGCGAAGAUGAACCAGGCUCUCGCUGCCAAAGCCUCGGCCUCGCGCUCUCCUGCCCGCUCGCCUCAGGGCCAGAAGCCAACCACUGUGCAGCCCCAGCAGAGUGCUCCGCCCAAAGAAGGACUGGCAGAUCCCAACAGGACCCCAGCACAGCGCCCCCAGCCACAAGGUGCACCAAUCAAGUCCCAAAGUGUAGACCAGUCCUCUGAGUCUAAGCGGGCAACUGAACCAAAGUUUGUCCCUAAACCGGCUGCAGCUCAGAAACCAGCGCAGCCCCAAAAACCUGCUCCAGUCCAGAAGGCAGCGUCAGUCACCAAGCCCCCUGUCCCACGCCCCCCUCCGAUGACCAGGGCUCCGUCUGUCUCGAAACCUGCCCCGGAACCACCUGUCUCUGCACCUGCCAAGCCUGCACCAUCCUCACCUGCCAAAACAGCUCCCGCAUCGCCACCCAAAUCUACCACAACUGCACCUGUCAAACCCGCAACUACCACAACCCCAAAACCUGUUCCAUCUUCAGCCGUAGAAGCCCCCAAAACACAGGAGCCGGCCCCCGUGUCUCCUCCCACCACAGAGCAGCCCAAGCCCCAGUCUCAGGGCUCUCCGUUAGCCGCACCAGGGAAACCCAAAGAGCUGCCCCCAAAGCCCACCCCCCCUGCCAAGCCCAUCCCACCGGUGCGCAGGAAUUCCAAGCCACAGCUCCAGCCAAAGCCCCAGACCCCCCCUCCCCCCAGGGCCUCACCUAAACCCGCAAGCCCCGCCCCGACUGCUACCCCCGCCUCCGAGACCACCGACAACCCCCCUGUCACUGCACCUGCCCCCACACCUGCACCCGCACCUGUCAGCCAGUCCCCUCCCAGGGUCCAGUCUCCUGCCAAAGCCCAACCAGAGCCAGCAUCGCCCCCUCAAAACACAGAGCCCGCCCCCGCUGAAGGUGAGGCAGCAGCAGUGCCCUCUGGUGAGAACCCGGUGGAAGAACAGCCACAGCAAAAGAGCCAUCCUCUGCUCAAUAAGUCGCAGUCUCUGACCAACGCCUUCAAUGCCAUCAGUGACUCCUCGUUCUUCCGCAGCGUCUCAGGCUCGUCCGGGGGGGAGGGGCAGGAGGAGGCCAAAGCUGAGACCAUCCGCAACCUACGAAAGUCAUUCGCCAGCCUUUUCUCUGACUAAACCGGUCCAGCUCCUUUUCACUCUGGCUCUUUUCCAUUGUCCGGGGAUGACUUGAUAGACUCUAAAUGUGAACCAGUCUGAGAUUACGCCCCCUGCUGUGUGUUGACUGUACUGUACUCCCUCUG